AUGUCGAUGUCCGAUAUCACCGCGGAAACGAUGGCUCGCCUGUUGUUCGAAAAUUGGAUCACGCGUUUCGGAGCGCCGGCACGAAUCACCACGGACCAGGGGCAGCAGUUUGAGUCAGAACUGUUUAAGCAGUUGGCCAGACUGACCGGAUCGCAGCACAUCCGAACCACCGCUUAUCACCCGGCAGCUAACGGCAUGAUCGAAAGACUGUACCGGCAACUCAAAGCAUAUCAAAAGCCACGAAACCGAAGCAUGGACACAAAUCCUUCCAGUCAUUUUAUUAGGCAUCUGCGCCGCAGUAAAAGAGGACAUCGGAGCCACACCAGCAGAGCUAGUUUUCGGGGAGACCAUUCGGAUUCCCGGGCAAUUCUUGGACCAAACCAAUAA